UUAGGUGUAGUUCAUUUUGCUAUGGGACUUCUUUUCGAGUGCACAGUCUGUGUACACAGUUUACAGAGUCUUCUAACGUUAGACAUUUAUGUUAGCAAAAUACCAUUAUUCUGCAGAGUUGACUUACUGAGUUCUCUGCACAGAAGCACGUUAACACGCUAGGCUAGGUCGCUACCGCUGCAUCCAGGAAGGCACGCAUAACGUAGCCUACAUAAAGUGUUUCCUUCAUGGGAGACAAACGCCAGCGAGCAAGAGUCCAAGGCUGCUGGGCUAAACCACUCGUCAAACCAACAUCAGCUAAACCAAACAGCAUUGCAGGCCCAGGUCCUGGAUCUACAUCAUGGAAAGCAGGGCCACAGACAUAUGAAUUUCAACAGCCAUCCAGGCCAAUUCGAGACAUUCCCGCGGAGAAGGUUAUUGAGAAAACUGGGGUGUAUGACAUUAGCCAUGGCCCAUCAGGAGUGUCCCGGCUCCGGCUGUUCACUAACUUCCUCCAGCAGGAGGAGGCAGACUGGAUGUUCAGUGUUCUCCUGGCUGAGCUUCCCUGGUCACAAAAGACCAACCACAGACAAGGUGGAGCCUAUGAUGAGCCCAGACUAACAUGUUGGUAUGGAGAACUGCCUUACACCUACUCUAACUCUACCAUGCAGGCCAACGCACAGUGGCACCCAGUGCUGAGUAGUUUGCGAGCCUCCAUUGAAAGUCACAGCGGCUGCUCCUUCAACUCCCUCCUCUGUAACCUGUACCGCGACUGCAAGGACAGCAUCGCCUGGCACUCGGACAACGAACCCUCGCUGGGCCUGCAGCCCACCAUUGCCUCCCUUAGCUUGGGCGAUACGCGCGCCUUUAGCCUCCGCAAGCAGCCUCCUCCGGAGGAGAAUGGCGACUACACGUAUGUCGAGACCAUAAAGAUGCCGCUGGCCCACGGCUCCCUGCUGAUGAUGGAGGGUUGCACCCAGGACGACUGGCAGCACCAAGUGGCCAAAGAAUAUCACGAUCGAGGACCCCGAAUCAACCUCACCUUCCGCACCAUCUACCCUGAACCCUAACCUUGCCACAGAGUGAAAGAGGAGAAGUCUGUGACCCUUAAGAUAAGUUCACAAGACAUGCAGUCGUAAAGUCUACAGCUUCAGGAAGACUGGAUAUGGACAGAAAUGAGUUAACUGAAGUAUUUCACUUCUUUAAUGCAGCAGCCAAACAUGAAACCUCGGAACCCAAAAACCACAGUGUCAUGAGUACUCCAGACGUGGGUCACUUACAGGCAGAGGUGCCAUGGCCAUUCUGUGGCAGAGGGCUCUCGUGAAACAGCGGGUGUGCAGGCCUUCCUCAGCAUGUGCCAGAAGUCUUACAUCUGGAGCACUGCUUAUCAAUAGUUGGUCAUCGUUGCGGUGACUUACCACUUACAAGAAGUGCUCUGUUUAACAUAGAGCUGAGAGAGUUCGUGUGUGUGUGUGCGUGUGUGUGCGUGUGUGUGUGUGUGUGUGUGUGUGUGUGUGUGUGUGUGUGUGUGUGUGUGUGUGUGUGUGUGUGUGGUGUCUUUUGGUGUGACAAAAAAUAUAUUUAUUUUUGAGUAUGGCCGCAUCAGCUUUUUUUGCAGUGUUGGCUUCAAAGUUCUUAUGUGGUUUUAGUGUUGGUGGAUUUUGUCUAUAAAACUGACGGAAAUUCUGUUAAUGUUUGGAGAGCACCUUGGUUGUAAAAUGUGAGGGGAACAGCUAAGUGCUCUAUUACCUUAGUUCUAUUUUCCCGAAGGGAUGUUUUUGUGAUGCAAAAAUUCAGCUGUAAAAAAAUAAAGUGCAAUUUGCUCACUCUA